AUGAUAUUUCUCAGACAGGUUUGGGCGCUAAUCCGGAAGAACUUGUUGAUUACCAUUGUGCGCCCUUGGUUUACGACCCCUCUUCGAGCUCUUCUCCUACCCGUGGUUUUUAUUGCGUUCAUAUCAUACGCCAAAAACCUUUUUAUUCCCCCCUCGAAAUAUGGAAUCGCCGAUGCGACGCCCGUCCGUUCUUUUGUUGAUUCCCUGAAUUCUGCUCCAGGCGGCAGGGAUAAGAUCGUUUUCGUUAACAAUGGAUUUACCGAGGGUGAUAUCGAUCGUGUAAUUGCACAAGUUGCACAACCUGCAAGAGCAAACGGGAAGAAAGUGGACAUUCUUUCAUCGACCGAACAGCUUCAAGACUCUUGCCGAAGUACUCUUCGCGGCACUUCGCCGUGUAUUGUCGCUGCUGUUUUCUUCUCAUCUCCCCGUGAAGGCUAUGGAGGGAUAUGGAACUAUUCGAUCAGGGCUGAUCGGGCUCUGGGAACCAAAAUCGACGUUACAUCAUCGAAGAAUGAUGCUCAGAUUCUCAUCCUACCUUUCCAACAUGCGGUUGAUUGGGCGAUUGCAUCUGUGACUGGAUCAUCCAAUACGGCACAACUUCCAGAGAAGGUUAUGGAAUACUCAUAUACAUCGAUGACUGAUGCGGAACGAAAAGAGCAAAUUCGAAUCCGUUAUAUGGGCGCCAUAGUCGAUAUUCUCGGUGUCGCUAUCUUUAUCGGCAUGGUUGGCGUAACAUACCAGCUGACAGGUCUAAUUGCAUCUGAGCGAGAGCUGGGCAUAAGCCAACUUAUUGAUUGUAUGAUGCCGAACAAAGCUCGCUGGCAGCCACAAGCCGCUCGACUCAUUUCAGCGCACCUUGCCCUAGACAUCAUCUAUGCUCCCGGAUGGAUUAUAAUGGCUGGCAUUCUGAAGACUGGCGUAUUCACUAAUACCUCAGUCUGGAUUCUAAUCUGUUUUCAUUUUCUGACAGGGUUGUCAUUAUCCUCCUUUUCUCUCUUUGGUGGAUCGUUUUUCAAAAAGUCUCAACUCAGUGGCAUUGCCGCUGUUAUUUCAUGCCUUCUACUAGGUAUAAUAUCCCAGAUGGUGGUUGUUAGGUCCAAUGCCGCCGUCAUUAUGCUUAGUCUCUUCUUCCCUCCGAUGAACUACGUUUAUUUCACCAUCUUAGUGGCUCGGUGGGAGACGCAAGAUUUGGCCACUAACUUGGUUAAGGCGGCACCCAAAAAUCCAUGGACUACACCAGGCAUCGUCCUAUGGAUACUUUUAAUCCUUCAGAUCAUUGUUUACCCUAUGUUAGGAGCCUACGUGGAAUGUGUUCUUUAUGGUACAGCCUCAAAGGGUAGAAAGCGCACAACAUCGGAGGCAGAUAAUUUCCCGGCUGUGUCAAUCACCGGCUUCACCAAAGAAUACCGACCAAACUGGUUCUACAGAAACAUCGCACCCAUUUUCGGUAGCCGCAGGCAAACUGUUCUGGCUGUUAAUAAUCUGAAUCUAAAUGUUGUGAAGGGUGAAAUCAUGAUCCUUCUUGGCGCCAAUGGAAGCGGAAAGUCCACUACACUUGAAGCAAUUUCUGGAUUAUCAAAGAUUACCUCCGGAGAAAUAGCUGUCAAUGAUUCCGGUGAGGCUGGUGGAUUCGGCCUGUGUCCGCAGCGCAAUGUUUUGUGGGAUCUCCUAACUGUCAAGGAGCACAUCCGGAUAUUCAAUCUCCUAAAGGCUGGCAGGGUUACGGAUACCAAUGAGCAGAUAAUGGAUCUUAUCAAGGCAUGUGAUUUGGAGAGAAAGAUAAAUUCUCGGUCUAAAACUUUGUCUGGUGGCCAGAAGCGGAAAUUGCAGAUGGCUAUGAUGUUUACUGGCGGAUCUACUGUUUGUUGUGUUGACGAGGUUUCUUCAGGCCUUGACCCAAUUUCCCGAAGAAAGGUGUGGGACAUCCUUCUAGCUGAACGUGGUGUCCGAUCCAUCCUGCUUACCACCCACUUUUUGGAUGAAGCUGAGCUGCUCGCUGAUCAUAUUGCAAUCCUAUCAAAAGGUGUUCUCAAGGUAGAGGGCACUAGUGUCGAGCUCAAACAUCAACUCGGUUCUGGGUAUAGGAUUCAUGUUUACCACGUCCCUGGAUUCGAGAAGUCAACUUUACCUCAUUUUGAGGGGAUCCCUUAUGAAACGCACUAUGAUGAGACAACCUACACCGUAAGUGACUCUUCCCAAGCUGCGGAUUUUGUGAUGAAACUGGAAGAGCAGGGAAUUAAGGAAUACCGUGUCAGCGGUCCAACAAUUGAAGACGUGUUCCUGAAGGUCGCAGAGGAGAUUCAACCUGGACCUAUCUCUCUAGACGAUGACGAGGAAGCUACUGAAGUCAAAGAGGAGAUGGAUAAAAAAUCGCCGCCACAGCUAUUACCAGGCAGACGGAUAGGAAUGAGGCACCAGGCUUGGAUUCUGUUUUGCAAACGGGCAAUAAUUCUACGCCGGAACUAUCUCCCCUAUCUAGUGGCUUUCCUGCUGCCAGUGGUUGCAGCAGGGUUGGUGACGUUGUUCCUCAAGGAUUUCAAGAGACCUGGGUGUUCCGGUCCAGACACAGUCCGCGAGACGAAAAUUCAUUCUUUGCUCUCCAAUAUUGAUAUCGAGUUAGUGGUGGGUCCAGCGAGCAAACUAUCGCUCUCUUCGUUAAGGUUGCUAGCAUCGUCUCUCGGAGUGCCAGCUUCCUCAGGAAUGAAUUCUACUUCGUUAAUGGAUAAAAUUCGCAUGGUAGAAACACUGCAAGAGUUCAAUGGUUAUAUUGAGAGACGUUUCCAUAACGUUAUGCCGGGAGGAUUUUUCUUAGGUGAUGGCUCGUCCCCACUGACCUUUGCCUGGCGAGGGAAUGGGGACAUUUCGUUUGCUACGAGCGUUCAAAACACAAUGGACACCAUAUUAACGAACAUCACCAUCGGGAACCAAUACCAGGCAUUGAGUAUUCCCUGGGCAGCUGAUUCGGGGAAGUCGCUACAGUUGAUUACGUACUUCGGCUUAGCUUUGGCGGUCUACCCUGCAUUCUUCGCUCUCUACCCUACAAUUGAGCGACUCAGGAAUGUACGAGGUCUACACUAUAGCAACGGUGUACGAAGCCUACCGCUCUGGCUGGCAUAUGCUGCAUUCGAUUUUCUCAUCGUUCUGACAGUGAGCAUUGUUGUCAUUGGUGUAUUUGUGGGAGCGUCCGGUGCUUGGUAUCACGCUGAGUACCUAUUCGUAGUGCUAUUACUUUACGGAUUGGCAUCUAUACUAUUUUCCUACGUCGUAUCCACCUUUUCGAGGUCUUCCCUGGCUGCUUUCGCUUUUGCGGCUGGUGGUCAAGCGGUCAUGUUUUUAAUUUACUUCAUUGCGUACAUGUCUGUGUUAACAUAUGCUCCGACAAACCGAGUCGAUUCCUUCGUCAAUAUUGCCCACUUCGUGAUUGCCUCCUUGUCGCCCAUUGGCAACGUGCAACGAUCGAUGUUUACAUCCCUGAACAUGUUCUCGAUUCUCUGUGACGACAAAGAAGUCAUCUCAUACCCCGGCAAGAUUACUCUUUAUGGAGGCCCUAUUUUGUACCUUAUUCUCCAGUCAUUCUCGCUAUUAGGAUUGCUACUAUGGUGUGAUAGCGGACCGCUAUUUCGGAAACUGCGUGGCCAAUGCAAGCCCGAAGAUACUGAAGAAAUUAUGGACACUGAUGCGGAUAUCAAGCAGGAACUCGCCCGGGUUUCGAGUGCAACUGAUGGUCUUCAAGUAUUACAUCUUAACAAAAGUUUCGGAAAAUCUGUUGCUGUCCAAGAUGUUACAUUUGGCGUUUCUCGAAGUCAAGUUUUCGCACUUCUUGGGCCUAAUGGGGCCGGAAAAUCAACAACAAUCAGCCUUAUCAGGGGAGACAUCCAGCCAUCACGAAAAGGGGGAGAAAUAUUUGUCGAGAAUGUUUCCGUCUUGAAACAACGCGCUACCGCCCGCUCUUACCUGGGGGUCUGCCCUCAAUUCGACGCAAUGGACCAGAUGACUGUCAUUGAGCAUUUGAGAUUCUACGCUCGGAUUCGCGGCGUGUCAGAUGUUGAGCAUAACGUCCAGGAAGUAAUCCUGGCAGUUGGCCUCACUGCCUACAGUCACUGCAUGGGUGGGCAACUCUCCGGUGGAAAUAAGCGCAAGCUCUCCCUUGGAAUCGCACUCAUGGGAAAUCCAACAGUUUUGCUACUUGACGAGCCUUCAUCUGGCAUGGAUGCAGCUUCAAAACGUGUCAUGUGGCGAACCCUGGCGUCGGUAGUUCCUGGUCGCUCCCUCGUUCUAACAACGCACUCCAUGGAGGAGGCCGAUGCGCUUGCCAAUCGAGCAGGAAUCAUGGCAAAGAAAAUGCUUGCCCUUGGAACCACGGAUUAUCUGCGCCGCAAAUAUGGCAACGUGUAUCAUGUCCACUUCGUGCAUGCAGAUGCCCCCCGCACGGACGACGCUACAAUGGACCGGAUCCGAACUUGGGUCAUAGAGACUUUCCCAGGCGCAGUCAUCGAACAGAAGACAUACCAUGGCCAAAUGCGAUUCAGCGUACCUGCCUCAUCCUCCACAAACAUAUGCCCAGAUACGGAGAGAAUUUCCCAUCACUUCGGUCACGGAAAGUUGUCAAGGCAAUGCUCUACCGCGGAUAGUUCAUCUGGUAUUGGUAGCCUCUUCACCCUUCUAGAGCGGAACAAGCAGAAAUUCGGCUUCCAGUACUACUCUAUCAGUCAAACGACGUUAGAUCAGGUAUUUCUGUCUAUCGUUGAGAAGCAUCAUGUCGAAGAAGAAGGAGGGUAG